CACAUAUUAGAGUAGUUUUAAAAAAUGGAUUAAUUAAAUUAUUGAAAUAUUAAAGCAUUUGCCAUAGUGUAACAGGUGUAGAUCAAUCACCACGGAUACGAAAAUUCAUUUUCAAAUAACAUUUAAUAUAAAAUAUAUUUACUAAUCAGUUCUUUCUGUUUGAGGAAUUAGUAAAGAAGACAAGAAGAGUUUAUCAAUCUGAUUAUUUAAAAAACUUCCAUCUUCAUCGUUAUACUUCUUUGAAGAUUUGAAGAAACUCAACUACUACAUCGAUCUGCUAACUGUCAUUCAAUAUUCAGGUUUUUCUUUAAAUUUUAUUGUAUUAAAAAAUAAUAUCAAACUAAAUGUUUUUAUUUAAAAUGUAUGACGAAUGUUGAGUUUUAAAUUUUUUUACGUUUAAGCAUUAAUUAUAAUCAGUACUCUCGCUUUACAGUUACAGGGAAUUAUCACAUAUUAUUUAUUUUACUUUCACUGUUUGACUAUAUUUUAUAUAUCACAAUGCUGUCUGCAUUGAAGAACACGUACCACAUAAUGACGAGGAUUAGUCAUAACAUCGGAUGGACAAUGUCCCAAAGACAAAGUUCCCACAAGAAAGUGGAAUACAGACCAAUUAAAAACAUUUUAGUAGCCAAUCGAGGGGAAAUUGCCGUCAGGGUAUUUCGUGCCUGUGCUGAAUUGGGAAAAAAGUCAGUAGCCAUAUAUUCAGAGCAGGACAAAAUGCAGAUGUUCAGGCAAAAAGCAGAUGAGGCGUAUGUAAUAGGAAAAGGGCUUCAACCGGUUCAGGCCUAUCUCAACAUCCCUGAAAUCGUCCAAGUCGCAAAGGAAAAUGGUGUUGAUGCAAUCCACCCUGGCUAUGGAUUUCUUUCGGAGCGUGCUGAUUUUGCAAAAGCUGUCAUAGACGCGGGUCUGAGAUUCAUAGGUCCUUCCCCCAAAGUCAUUGAGCAGAUGGGAGAUAAAGUUGCCGCGAAACAUGCGGCGAUUGCCUCCGGAGUGCCGAUUGUUCCCGGUACACCUGGACCAGUAAAAUCAUCAGAUGAAGCAGUCAAAUUUUGCAAGAAGCAUGGGCUCCCUGUAAUUUUCAAAGCGGCUUUCGGCGGCGGUGGAAGAGGAAUGCGAGUCGUCAGGGAAAUGAAGGAUGUGGCGGAAGCAUUUGAGCGAGCCAGCUCCGAAGCCGCCGCUGCUUUUGGCGAUGGAGCUAUGUUUAUAGAAAAAUUUAUUGAGAAACCGAGACAUAUUGAAGUGCAAAUUCUUGGGGAUAAAGCUGGUAACAUCGUCCAUUUAUUAGAAAGAGACUGUUCAGUCCAAAGAAGACAUCAGAAAGUAGUUGAAAUUGCCCCUGCGCCGAAUUUGGAUUCAAAGGUUCGAGAUGCUAUACUUGAAAGCGCACUGAAACUAGCGAAACACGUAGGGUAUGAAAAUGCAGGAACCGUCGAGUUCCUAGUCGAUGCACAAAAUAAAUUUUAUUUUAUAGAAGUAAAUGCUCGCCUCCAAGUCGAGCACACUGUUACAGAAGAAAUCACUGGGGUUGACCUGGUUCAGUCUCAAAUAAAAGUCGCCGAAUGUAUGACACUCCCAGAGAUGGGGUUGUCUCAAGACAAAAUCAAACAUUUCGGAUGUGCUAUACAAGCCCGUGUCACUACAGAAGAUCCGACAAAAGCUUUCAGGCCUGAUACCGGCAGAAUAGAAGUAUUCAGGACAGGCGAAGGGAUGGGCAUUAGAAUUGACAGCGCAUCACCUUAUCCCGGAGCGAUUGUAAGUCCGUAUUACGAUUCCCUU